GAGGAGGAGGAGGAGGGAGGUGAUAAGUGGUGGAGUGAAGAAGCCGUAAUAAACUAAUAGCGAGUUGAAGAAUCCACCCAUAUGCCCGGUUCCACGCUAACAAUUUCACCUAAACAUUCGACUGAAAGUGUGUAAAGCGCUGGUGUUUGCGGCAGCGGGACAGCGGAGGGAUUUGGGAAUAUGGACGAUGAGUACCAGUAUACACGGAGCCCUGCCUGGGAGGAACUGGUGAGUACAACCUCACUGAUUUCCUCACCGGAGUUGUUUCUACACACAUUCUUCAUGACUGAUUAAGGUUGGUUACUGGAACACCGAGAUGAGCUUUUGGAGAAAAGAGUGUGGUUGGGUUUUUAGCGCAGUGAUAAGAAAUGAGAAAAGAAAGUGAGCAGAGAGAAGGCUGCCGCUAGAAAGCUCUGCUUUUUCCUGCUUUUGUUGCGCUCGGAGGAAGGGAGAGGAUGAUAGACGCGGACCGCCUUCUUCAAACAGGCGAACUGCACUUAUUAAGCAAACCUGAGGAGAUGUUUAGAUAAGCUUAUCUUCCCAAUCUGAAACAGUUUCGCAGCUCCAGCCCUUUAACCCGAGCGCUGAUACACUGGGGCUGGUCAGAAAGUAGACGCGAACUACAUUCAGAGAGUUUGAGGAUUUCGGUAGUCACUGCCAUUUAACGUACGAGCCUGUUGUAAUGAAGAAAGAAAGAAACUGAUAGAAUAGAACAGAAUAGAAUGGAAUAGAAUAGAAUAGAGUGGAGAGUAGAAUAGAAUAGAGUUAAUAACAGAACAGAAUACUACAGAAUAGAAUAGAUAAUAGAAUGGGAUAUUGAAUAGAAACAGUAUAGAAUGAUACAUAAUAGAAUGAAAAUCUAUAGAAUAAUAUGGAAGAGAAUAGAAUAGAGAAGAGUAAACAGUAGAAUAGAAUAGAAUAUUGAAUAGAACAUAAUAGAACCGUAUAAAAGGAUAUAAAAAUAGAAUAGAAUGUAUAGAAUAAGAUGGAAUAGAGAAUAGAAUAGAUUAGAAUGCAAUGUAUAGAAUAAGAUGGAAUAGAGAAUGGAAUAGAGUAGUAUAGAAUAGCAUAAAACAAUACACAGAGUAGAAUAGAAUAAAUAUGUCGAAUUGAAUAUAGAAUAUAAUAUAGAAGAGAACAGACUGGUAUAGAAUGAUACAGAAUAGAAUAGUUUUUUUUUUAAAUUUAGAAUAAUAUGGAAUAUAGAGAAUAGAUCAGAAUAGAAUGGUAUAGAAUAGAAUAGAAAAAUACACAGAGUAGAAUAGAAUAAAUAUGAUGUAGAAUUGAAUAGAGAAUAGAAUAUAGAAGAGAACUAAACAGAACAGAUUUGUAUAGAAUGAUCUAGAAUAGAAUUUUUAAAUAGAAUAAUAUGGAAUAUAGAGAAUAGAUCAGAAUAGAAUAGUAUUGAAUAGAAUAGAAAAAUAUAUACAGUAGAAUAGACUAAAAUGCUGUAGAAUUGAAUGGAGAAUAGAACAGAAUAGAAUGGUGUAGAAUGACAGAAUAGCACAGAAUAAAAAAUAAUGUAGAGUAAUAUAGAAUAGAAUAUUGUCACGUGAUUGGUAGACGAGAAUCACAGCAAUUUGACUCAUUGUUAAGAACCCAAUUGUUAACAAAUAAUAAAUGAUCAUUAAAAAAAAUGCCAUCUAUUCAAAUAUUUCCUCGUGUAGCCCACUUAUAGAGGAUAAACUUUAUUCUGUGGCAUAAAUCAUUUCCUCGCUGAUCACUGAAGCGAGUCUUAAGCAAGGACUACUUGAAUAAAAUAAAAUUAUGCUCAUAUUUCUUUGAUUCCCUUGUUUAUUAGAGUACUGUCUAACUGACCGCGAUGGUUCAGGUGAAAGUAAUCAAGAAAAUAUUCCGAAUACACUUCAGUCCUUAAGGUUUCUGCUGAGGUCCCUCAUGGUGGAAGAAUAAAAAGGUGCCACGUAGAAGCCUAAAGCUGAGGGUUUAUCAGAAAUGAUUCAGCGUAGACUGGAUCAUCAAAUGAACCUUUAAAUAUGGCUAUUUUAAAAAAUGAGCAAAAAAGGAUUAAAAUAAAUAUAUGUCCAGCUAAAUAUAAAACCAGUGUAAAUAAUUUCGCUUCACACGACUAAACGAGGCUACAGGGACAGAUUUUCGAUUUGAAUGUUGUUUAUAGAGCCUAGCUAAAGAACAGAGCUGUAUAGUAGACACAGCCCGGUGCCUUAAGUACAGUAGGCUGUGUACAGUAGAGAGACAUCUGUUGCAGUGUGAGUUGGACUCACCGCUAGGGUCUGCUACAGAGAUUCCCUCCCGCUCUCUUGUGAUAGUAGUAAUAGUAAAAAUAAUAAUACAAAUAAAAAUAAUAAUAAUGAUGUAUCUGCGCUGUGUAGCCUCUCGGGCUGAGUGGAAGCACCAGCCGUGGCUUUAAAAACGCCCUCGACAGGGAGAGCUGCGUACAGAAUGCCCACGCGACAGUAAGCCUUUAUAGGACAGAGUGAGGAGGACUGAGCGCAGUGCAUGGGCAGUAGGAAGAGAGGAGGAUGACGGCGAAGCGAGCCGCUGUGGAGCCGCUGCUGUGCGGCUCUCCGUGGCUCGUGGAACGGAAAGGAGCGGCAGCACGCGCUCACCACGGUUCCGCUCUCCCGCACCAGGAGCCCCGCGGAGCGGCCGCCACUCAGCACAGCAGCGCGGGCUCCGGAGCCGCCGGAGGGUCGGGAGCUGCAGACGAGUCUUCGGACAGCGAGGGCGAGCAGGAAGGGCCGCAGAAGCUCAUCAGGAAAGUGUCUACGUCCGGCCAGAUCCGGAGCAAGACGAGUGUGAAGGAAGGCCUGCUCCUAAAACAGACCAGCUCUUUCCAGCGCUGGAAAAAAAGAUACUUCAAACUCCGUGGCCGGACACUUUACUAUGCCAAGGACGCCAAGUCCCUUAUCUUUGACGAGGUGGACCUCUCGGAUGCCAGUGUUGCCGAAUCAAGCACAAAGAAUGUCAACAACAGUUUCACGGUAAUUACUCCGUUUCGAAGGCUCAUCCUCUGUGCGGAGAACAGAAAAGAGAUGGAGGACUGGAUCAGUUCUUUGAAAUCGGUUCAGUCUAGAGAGCAUUACGAGACGGCACAGUUUAAUGUGGAACAUUUCUCAGGGAUGCACAACUGGUAUGCCUGCUCCCAUGCUCGCCCCACCUUCUGCAACGUCUGCCGUGACAGCCUCUCAGGGGUGACUUCUCAUGGCCUCUCCUGUGAAGUAUGUAAAUUUAAAGCUCACAAAAGGUGUGCCGUCAGGGCCACUAACAACUGUAAAUGGACCACGCUGGCAUCUAUUGGGAGAGACAUCAUUGAGGAUGAGGAUGGGAUUGCAAUGCCGCAUCAGUGGCUUGAGGGCAACCUUCCAGUCAGUGCCAAGUGUGCUGUGUGUGACAAAACGUGCGGUAGCGUGCUGCGCUUGCAAGACUGGCGCUGUCUAUGGUGCAAAGCUAUGGUACACACAGCCUGUAUGGACCUCUACCCUCGUAAGUGUCCUCUGGGCCAGUGCAAAGUGUCCAUCAUCCCUCCUACUGCCCUCAACAGUAUUGACUCUGACGGCUUUUGGAAAGCCACCUGUCCUCCAUCAUGUGCCAGCCCACUUCUCGUUUUUGUUAAUUCCAAAAGUGGAGACAACCAAGGAGUGAAAUUUCUGCGCCGAUUUAAACAGCUACUCAACCCUGCUCAGGUCUUUGACCUAAUCAAUGGUGGACCACAUUUAGGGCUACGCUUAUUUCAGAAGUUUGAUAACUUCCGAAUCCUUGUCUGUGGCGGAGAUGGCAGUGUCGGCUGGGUCCUGUCUGAAAUUGAUAAACUCAGUCUUCACAAACAGUGCCAGCUGGGUGUGUUGCCUCUGGGCACGGGAAACGAUCUGGCACGUGUGCUCGGCUGGGGGCCGUCGUGUGAUGAUGACACACAGCUCCCUCAGAUACUGGAGAAACUGGAGCGAGCCAGCACUAAGAUGCUGGAUAGGUGGAGUAUAAUGACGUAUGAGAUUAAAAUACCUCCCAAACACAGUUGUCCAGUCACACCUGAGGACACAGAGGACUGCCAGUUUCAGAUAUCAGAUUAUGAGGAUUCAGUUGCUGCUCAUCUCACAAAGAUCCUAAACUCAGAUCAGAACUCUGUGGUCAUAUCCUCAGCAAAGAUCCUGUGUGAAACAGUGAAGGACUUUGUUGCCAAAGUUGGGAAGUCCUAUGAAAAGGGCAGUGAGAACACAGAGGAAGCUGAAAGCAUGUCAGUGAAAUGUGCAGUCCUGAAUGAGAAGCUGGAUUCACUCCUGCAGACCCUGAACACAGAGGCGCAGGCGAUGAGUCCUCCUUCUCUCACCACUCCCCCUAUUGUAGAAGAGGAGCUGGAGGAAGAGGAGCUGGAGGAGGAGGAUCUCAGUGAGGAGUCUCUGACGGAGCUGAAGGAGAAGAUGGAGGAGAACAUAACGGAGAAGGACUCUCCACACAAGCUUUUCAGGCCACGUGAGCAGCUCAUGCUCCGUGCAAACAGCCUGAAGAAAGCAGUCAGACAGAUCAUCGAGCAGGCUGAGAAAAUGGUGGACGAACAGAAUGCUCAUACAGACGAACAGGACCUGCAGUCUCCUACAGACACCAAAAAGGACAUGGAGGAGGAAAACAAGGACAAUGAGAAGGAUGAGGACACUAAAGAACUGGAGAGUCUGCCAUCAGCAAAGUCACCCUGUUCACCUACCGAGAGGCGUGUGAGUCGCAGCACACAGUCCUGUGGCUCUUUUUCCAUUCCUCCCUUCACCACGAGUAAAGAGAACCUGCCUGUCCUCAACACUCGCAUCAUCUGUCCAGGCUUGCGUGCAGGCCUUGCUGCCUCCAUAGCUGGAAGCUCAAUCAUCAGCAAGAUGUUACUUGCCAACAUUGACCCGUUUGGAGCCACACCAUUCAUUGACCCUGACACAGAUUUAUUAGAGGGGUAUAUGGAGAAGUGUGUCAUGAACAAUUACUUUGGGAUUGGCUUGGACGCCAAGAUCUCACUGGAGUUUAACAACAAACGUGAAGAACAUCCUGAGAAAUGCCGGAGUCGCACCAAAAAUAUGAUGUGGUACGGAGUCUUAGGCACUAAGGAGCUACUGCAAAGAACCUACAAGAACUUGGAGCAAAAAGUGCAGUUAGAGUGUGAUGGACAGUACAUCCCGCUCCCCAGUCUCCAGGGAAUUGCUGUGCUGAACAUCCCCAGCUAUGCAGGAGGAACCAACUUCUGGGGUGGGACCAAAGAAGAUGAUAUAUUCUGUGCUCCAUCAUUUGAUGAUAAAAUCUUGGAGGUAGUGGCUGUGUUUGGGAGUAUGCAAAUGGCAGUGUCCAGAGUGAUAAAGCUCCAGCACCACCGUAUUGCACAGUGCCGCACGGUGAAGAUUACCAUCUUGGGAGAUGAAGGAAUGCCUAUUCAAGUGGAUGGAGAAGCCUGGAUCCAGCCUCCUGGAGUGAUUAAGAUCCAGCACAAGAAUAGAGCCCAGAUGCUGACCAGAGAUAGGGCAUUUGAGAACACGCUAAAGUCUUGGGAGGACAAGUUGAAGUAUGACAAGCCUCCACUGAGGCCACACCUGUACUCUCAGCACUCUGUUGAUCUUGCCACUGAGGAAGAAGCCGCACUUGUCCAGAUGUGUGCACGUGCAGCAGAGGAGCUAAUCACCAGGAUCUGUGAGGCAGCCAAGACAAAUGGGCUCCUAGAACAAGAACUUGCUCAUGCUGUAAAUGCUGCAUCUCACGCCAUCAACAAAACUCACCCCAAGUUCCCUGAGAGUCUGACCAGGAACACAGCCAUUGAGGUGACCAGCACAGUGAAGGCCCUGCACAAUGAGACUGAGUCACUUCUAGUGGGACGAGUGUCAUUGCAACUGGACCCUCCUGAUGAGGAGUUAUUGUCCAGUGCUUUGCAGUGUGUUGAGGUGGAGUUGGGCAAGCUGACUGAAAUCCCGUGGCUUUACCACAUUCUCCAGCCCAACGAUGAGGAGGACCACUCCCUGGAGUAUGGCAAGAGAAACAGCCGAAGUGGCAUGUUCCGUAUUGUGCCAAAGUUCAAGAAAGAGAAAGCACUGAAGAAGUCCAGCCCACAGUCAGUUCAGAGGUGGGGCACUGAGGAGGUGGGCGCCUGGCUGGAGCAGCUCAGCUUGGGGGAAUACAAAGACACCUUCAUCCGCCACGACAUCCGCGGCUCUGAGCUCCUACACCUGGAGAGGAGGGACCUGAAGGAUCUGGGGAUCUCGAAGGUGGGUCAUAUGAAGAGAAUUCUCCAGGGAACUAAAGAGCUGGCUAAGAGCGCCAUGGUGGACCUGUGAAGCUCGAGGAAUCCUUUCCUUGACGAGAAGUGAACAUUUAACAGAGCUGCGUUGUCUGGAUGAGCUCGGUAAUGAGGGGUUUCCUCCCCAUGAUUUAGCAUAGCUUUAGAGUACCUGCGAAUGUGUUGUUUUAGUAUGAGUGCUGGUGCCAAAAGAAUUGUAAUGGUCGAAUAUUUUCAGGUGGUUGUUAGAUUUACAAAAAAAAGCCAUUUCUUAUUGCAUUGAUGGCACAAUCAGGUAUGCAACUCUCAUUGCAGAGGCAACUUCUGGCAUCUUAAAAAGAGUCAAGUAGCAAAACAAGACUUCCAUAAAGUGUUCACUGUGGGUGAAGCAAGGCCGGGUAAUAGCUCGCUGGCAUUUCGCCUUGUGGUGGAUGGCUACAAUAGGAUGGAGAUGUGAUGUGUCAGCAAUAUUCUUCUUUCGACAGCACUGUUUACAUUUUAAGGAGACAGGAAAAUGGCUGCUGAAGAGCUGCACUCGAAUUGCAAUCAUAGCAAAUGGUUUUUCAGUCCAGAAAGAAAGUCGAGUAAGGGGUUUCCUGAAGCAGUGACAUUCUGAUGCAUGGUGAAUUUGCUUGAUUUUGGAUAUCUAUUUCACUGCAUGAUUCGUGUCGUUUUUUUAUUGUACAAACUAACACUUGAACAAGUUUUAUAUGACUUUAGUAUGAUACCAUUUGUUACUACUGAAGCAUCCCUGUGGUCUUAUUAGACUGCUGUUUCAUUUCUAUAUAUUGGUUUGCAUGAGACUUCUGUGUCAAAGAGCAGUGUCAUGUAUCAUAUUUAUUGUAAAAGUGUGCUUUAUUGUAGGAAGAUUAUGAUUUAUAUUCGAUUAGGACAUUGAGUAACAGAGAAAUAUCAGUUCUUUAAAAUAUCAGUAAGGAAGAAUACAUCACAAUGUAUACAUACAAUACAAGAGACUACAAAAGUGAAUGUGCCCCAUGCAUUUUCUUGAAAUCCUUUUCUUUAGUUUGCAUUAGAAUGCAAAUGUUUAAGAAAAAACAUAAUUUUAAGUAUCGGAAUAUUAGUGUGGAAGUUCUUAUUAGAUUUAUGAAAUAAUGGAGUCACUUUUCUGCAUUUUGACUGUAGACCUAUUUGGAACAUUUAGAUAUUUUUCCUUGCAAUAAGAAUCUUGUGUUGGUCAUAAGAUAUUGCAGUUGAUCUGCAGCUUUGCAUAAGUUUCUCAUAAUUGUCAUUCCUCAAAAUAGGGAUAAAGUAUAUGUUUGAUAAGAUACCCAGAACUAAAUUGCAUUAAGUUGAUGGCAUUACAGGGUAUACAAGUAUAAGUGAGGUUUUUGUUGGUUAAUAUAUGCACUGUAAAUAUGUUGAAACAGUCUCUACUGUUAAUUCCAGUUGUAAGGAAACGGUUUGUAAAGAUUAAUGGUAACACGUUAUGUAGAGCUUACACAUCAUAAUACAGAUGUGAUCUAUAAUAAUGUUUAGUAAUCACCUUUAUAUGUUAAGUGCUGUUGUAUUCUAUUGAAGGUGCAAUAUUGUAUUUAUUUUGAUACAUUUUCUUCUCUAUGAAGCUUUAUUAUGUGAUUUUUUUUUCAUGGAAAACAAGAAAUCAAUUCAUGCACUCGUGUUAUUUUAGUUAUUUUAGUUUAAGGUGAGCUUGUGGACAUGCCAUAUUCUCUCCAAAUUCAUAAAAUCUUCCUUAAGCAAGUUGUUGGUUCUCUCUCUAUUCAAUUGUGCUUCCAGGAUAAUUCGCUAAACAUCUGGAUGUUCUAUUAGACAUAUACUAUGAAACUAGCAGAAUUGCCUGCUGUGCCUCUUUUGUUUUCAUUAUAAUGGAGAUUUUCCCCCUCCCUUCAUCAAGUCCUGUCAUUUACAACUUUAUGUAGGUUUCGUUUGUGGUUUGUGUCAUAUCAAAAUUUCCCUCUAGGGGGUGGCAGAGUACUGAAUGUGGGUUUGGUAAAUAAAUAAAUAAAUAAAAUAAAAAAAUGUGGCUCCCAGCGAAAUACUUAAUAAUAAUAGAAUAAUAUAUUUAUUCUCUAAAUUUUUUUAAUGAAAAUAUUAGUAUCCAUUAAAUAACUUUGCACUCUGCAUAAAGAAAUUUGCGUGAACUAUAUAGAAAUAAAAAAAAUCUGAAUGUUCAAUAAUAAUACAGCUGGAUAUUAAAUUUAAAAAAAUUGUCCAUACAUUUGACUGCAUAUUAGAUAGCUGGCUUCCUCUUAUGAUCUAGCUUUUAAACAAACUGUGCUAUAUUUUGUUAGUGGACAGGAUUUAUUAGGAGAAAUGGGAGGAAUGUGGUUCUAAUUUUAACCAACAUGGUUAUUUUUGGAUUAUAUAAACUUUCACACUACACUCUUAGAAAAAAGGGUUCCUCAAGGAUUCUUUAGCUUUCUAAAGGUUUUCUACUCUGAACUUUUUAAAGGGAACCCCUCUUUUGUAGGUUUCUGUGUAGAGCCACCAAGGUCAAACCGAAGAACUCUUUAGGGUGCUAAUGGAACCUAAUUGAAUUUUUUUUCAAAGAAUGUCACAUGUAAUAAUAGUGAAUGUAGUGUCAUUCUCAUCCUUUUAUUUUCACUCUUCAUAAACAGAUAUGCAUUGCCUUGGAAAGGAGUCAAAGACUAUGAGAAAGUGAUUUAACCCGCACUGAUCUAGAGUCAUUGCCAAUGAUGCAAGUACUUAAUCAUGCAUUUCUUUCUAGAAGCUACUACAGUGCAGUUUUAACAAUGUGCAGUGCCAUACAUGCUAACUGUUAAAAAACUGAGAUACUUGUAAUGGUUUCAUGACCUGACUAUAGCACCUUUGCAAUUUAGGGAAUUGAUAGCUCCUGAAAAAAGUACUGAAAAAUUUGGCCUUAGAUAUUUACCAUUUCUAAAAUGUAGCAGGUUAACUGACCUCAGAAUAACAGUGCCUCGUAUGUGGUUUCAUUUGCAUUCAUUUCCCCAAGUGCAGUCUUCCUCUCAAACUGCAGUUAAUUCGUCUGCACGUGUUCAUGUAUAUCUGUCUCUGAACAAGCUCUCAAGAGUGUAUCCACGAGACUAAGUGUGUUUUUGAUAAGACUUGAGGCUCAUGUGAGCUUGGGCUUACCUAUAGAUGGUGUACAUAAAGCUGUAUACUGCCUGAUUUUUUUCAAAACCAAUUCACAUGAGAAAUUUUUAGAGCAGGAUGGCUCUAGAGCAUAUCGCUGACAUGAUCUUAUUAUGAGAAGUGCGAUGUGAGUUUCAUUUGUUUACAUUGUGUUUACAAUGGCACAGUUUAAUUUGUAAAACUAUGUGUAUAGCUAUAUACAACAUUUGCAUAUUUAUUAAGGUUAAACAAAUUAUAUGUAUGUGUUUUCACCAUUGGGAUAUAAUGUUACAGUAGUCCCUUGUAUUGAUAUCUGGAUGAUCUUUUGGUAAAGUAGUUGGUAAUUUUUAUGACUACUAAGUGACUGUUUUCUGUGCCUUUUUAUCGUAGGUGCAUGAUUAACUAUUUAUUACAAUAUGAAAGUCACUGAGAUGUGUAUUUUUGUAUCCUGAUUGAAUAAAUGUCUCAAUUUUGUUGUACAUUUUGAAGUGGUAAAAUGGUGCCACUUAAUAUCUUACUUCUUCAAUAAAAACUGAAUGCAUACACAA